AUGCCCUCUUCGCCACCAGUCAUCCAAGAAGCCGUCAACGCCAACGAUCCCGUGCGCCUACAGCAGAUUCGCCAGAGCGUGCACAAUUCCAUCUCGAGCUCUCAGACCGGAUCCUCGCCCUCUCGGUCCAACUACCCGAUUUCACAUGGUCAUGCUUCCUCAACACCUUUCGGAUUGCACAGCAUGUCGUUCCCUAGCACACACGGCAGCCUAUCUAAUGGUCAGCGCUCUGUGGUCAACUUCAGCUCGUCAGUGUCCCUCACCUUCAAACCGAGCCCGUUUUAUCAGAUCGAGGCGGUUGCUGGUGAGAUAAAGACCUGUGAUGUCAUGUCGCAGCACCGUAACACCAUUACCUAUCCCAUCAGACUAGACGAUCAUCCUGCCUUACAGAAGUGCGUUAACGACCCUUCGUACCGAGUGAUGGUCUUUUGCGCCGGAGACACUUUGGGAAUUCAAGAUGUCGCAUUUCCUCACCAGUCAGAGCUUAAGGUGAACGGCGGCGAGGUCAAGGCCAAUUUGCGCGGCUUGAAGAACAAACCUGGAUCUACUAGACCGGUUGACAUCACAAAAGCGCUUCGUCUUCGUCCGAAAUAUACCAACAACGUUGAGUUCACAUACGCGCUGACAUCCAAGAAUUUCUACCUUGUGAUAAAUGUUUGCAAGAUAACAUCUGUCGAACAGCUUGCGGAGCGCAUUGCCAAUGGCAAGAAGAUAUCGAUUGAAUCUGUAAAGCAAGAACUCAACGCCAAAGCACAAGAUCCAGAUGUGGUAGCAACUUCACAGGUGCUAUCUCUCAAAUGCCCGUUGUCAUACAUGCGAUUAGCACUCCCUUGCCGUGGCUUGAGCUGCACACACUUGCAAUGUUUUGAUGCCACUUCUUAUCUUCAACUGCAAGAACAAGGCCCGCAAUGGCAAUGUCCUAUUUGCAACAAGUCCGCAACUUUUGAGCAGUUGGCUGUCGAUGCUUAUGUCAAAGACAUCCUGGAAAAAACACCAAAGAGUCAGGAAACUGUGACCAUCGAACCCAAUGGCGAAUGGCAUCUCAAGAGCACAGAUGACAGUAGUCAAGGGCACACGAAUGGAAACUCAUCUUACGCAAAUGCAUUUGAUGAUGACGACGACGACCUGGUAAUAUCAGAGGUCAAUUCUAUUGGCCACCGCCGUUUAGAGACGCCCAAAAUCUCUACACCGAUCAGUACGCCAGUGACAGCAGGUCGCGAUGUGUCGUCUUCUGCUGGACCGAGAGGCGUAGCGUCUACCAGCGCGAAGCGCCCAGUGGCCGCUGUCAUCGACCUAACGCUAUCUGACGAUGAUGAUGAUGAUCCGCCUCCGCCCCCAAAAAGGCAAAACACGUCGAUGAACGGAUUCUCAGGCAACUUACCCAACAACUCUCCAAUCUCGCCAGGUGAUCUCGGGUAUCUUUAG